AUGGGAACGUAACGUCUCGUUGGGUCUGCGGCUACAUGUUGGCGCCAAAAUCCUCUGCAGCGUUAACCGGGAGGAACUUCAGGCAUGGGAUACCGUUGCUCUAUGCUUUGGGUAUUUUGAUUUCUGAAAAUGAUUGAAGGAAAAUAGCUACAAUUGAACGAUCUCGCCCGCCAGGCGACCGCAAACCUGGCUGCAACUCGGAGCUUAGCGGAUCAAUAACCAGAAAGGGACAAAAUGUCUUCCUCGCGUCGACCAUCCCUGCCGCCUAUGCCUGAUCUCAGCCAUUUAACUGAGGACGAAAGGAGGGUUAUUGAAGAUGUCCUUCGAAGACAGAGAGAGGAGGAGGAAAAAGAGCAAGAAGUCAUCCGGCAAAUGCAAGAUGAGUUUGAGUCGUAUCAGCAGUCUGUCAAGAAGCUCACGGAAGAGACCCAGAAAGUACCAAACAUUCAGGAUGAGGGCGCCGUCUGCCAGAUCUGCCACAAGACCAAGUUUGCAGACGGCGUCGGACACAGCUGCCACUACUGCAACCUCAAAUCCUGCGCCAGGUGCGGUGGGCGCGUUGCCUUACGGGCUAACAAGCCUGGUCUGUUCCCUGUUGGGGCACCGGGUUCUACUGCAGAACAGAAGAUAAUAUGGGCAUGCAAUUUGUGUCGGAAGAAACAGGAGCUGCUGGCGAAGACGGGAGCAUGGUACCACGGCGGAAUGGCCCGACCGGUCGCACUGGACGUCGGGGACACAGCUUCGGGCAGUGAGUCCGUGUCCAGCAAGAAGGACCCCAGUCCUCUCAACGAGAAGAAGCCCAAGCUGCUAGACAACAGUCAACGCUCGGAGAAAGAGAAUAUAGAAAAACUCGAAAAGGCCAACAUAGUGAGGACUGGUAGCAUGCAAGGGAGAGAACUGAAGCGUCAGUAUUCUAUGUCUGAUGCCAUGACAGACAAAAAGUCUGACAUCAAGGAUUUAACGCACCCCCAGGCUGGACCUGGCACUAGUGUAGACAGCAGGUUGAUUUCCGAGCAGGAGAAACUACGCGAGCACGGGCAGCUGCCGGAGAGAGGGAGGGGCAAAGACCGGAGUCCUGCCAGGCACAGACACAGCAGUGAGAGCAGGAUAACCGAGACAGACAGACGAUACAACCGGGAGCUGGAAGGUCAUGGUCAUGACCGGCACGGCAGUCAGAGGUCACGUGAUGUGUCGUCUGACCGACCUGCAGGGCAGCACAAGUCGGAGAGAAGUAAAAGGGAAGGGGAACAGCAUAGAGAAGGCCCGGAGAGAAAAACUGAUGGCAGAGAACGGCACAGAGACAGUCGAGAACCUUCGCAGACAGGACAUGAAAGACGCCAUGACAGACCAGAAGACAGAGAGACAUGUGAGAGACGCAGAGACGGAGGAAAGGACAGACGGAAGGACGGACAAGGUGAUAGAUACAGACAGCCAACCAAUGGUCAUAGGGAAUACGCGGAUGUUCACGACACAAGAGUGGAAAUUCUCGAAGGUCGAGAACUUCGAAAGCUGGAUAUGCUAGACAGCAGGACUGAAAUGCAUGACCAGCACAACUUAGAUAUGCAAGGUGACGACCCCCACGUAGAAAGGCGGGGUAGUGGUCGUCACCAUAGAGACCGCAGUCUCAAAGAACAACGGCGAUCUCCUAGCAAGGAACGUGAUACACAUAGAUACAAAGAUAUAGAAAAUGUAGAUUUUAAGGAUACACAAAUUCCACGCCAUAGGAUAUUAAUAGAUCAAGCUAGUGAUACACCAACCGCCUCGGAAGACUCUCGGGAAAUGGACCGAUUUAACGAUGGUAAAAAUAAGCAACAUCUCGACCCAAGUUCCGCUGCCUCGAGGACAUCGCGAAAUAAUCGCAAAAAAUUGGAAAGUAUGUUACGCAAUGAUUCGUUGAGUUCGGACCCUUCCGAUUGUGUGCGCCCCCCUCCCCCAAAACCCCACAGGCAUAAACGCGGCAAGAAGCAAAGACAGCAUUCCAUUAGUAGUUCGGACGAUGAUGUUAGAUCGACGCCAGAGUGCUCAAGUUGUGAAGAGCAAGAAAUUGAGAGUGAAAGUGUGAGCGAAAAAGGCGUGAAUCACAGAGCUCGGGAAUGGGAGAUAGAAAGCUUCAGCGAUGCCUCUUCAUUGCGCUCCUCUCGGCGAUCUAAACAUGCGAAAAUGUUGCAAUUUAGUCGCGGAGGUAGUCUGGAUGAAGAGAGUGGCGGGUGGGCUGAACCCCAAAUAAAAGACUCAGGCAUAGAUACGGGCCUAUCAAGUAGUAGUCAAACAUUGAACGAAGACCAUCUUAAGAAACCUUACAAAGAGCCUCGCUACUCAUUACCCCAAGGCAAUUUGAUAAGAGUGGAUUGUCACCCGGUUACCUGGCAACUGUCAGCCAGUGGCUCUAAGUGGAUUGGUCACAUGAUAUUAAAGAAAACUGUGUUAGAAGGUGGCGGCCAUAAAACAGAUUCUAGUGCUAUUUUAGGUUUAAAAGUUAUUGGUGGUAAACUGUCUGAAAAAGGAAAACUCGGGGCUUUCAUUGCAAAGGUGAAGAAAGGCAGCAUCGCCGAUACAGUCGGUCACCUUAGACCAGGUGAUGAGGUUGUAGAAUGGAAUGGCCGAUCACUUCAGGGCGCUACAUAUGAGGAAGUUUAUGAAAUAAUUCUAGAAUCAAAACAGGAGCCGCAGGUUGAGCUUAUAGUUCAUCGCAGUACAGAAACGGGAGAAGUGCCACCAGGAGUUCAAACCACCUUCAUUGGAAGUCAUGCUCGGGAUUAUGGUCUCAGGGAUGCGUUGCCUGCACGGGAGCGAGAGCGGGAACGAGGCAGGGAUUCCCAUCGAGACAGAGAUGGACACAGAAGUCAUCCACCCUGCAGUGUGACCGUGACCUCUCCAGUGUCACCGACCUCGCCAGGGGUCAGGUCAAGACCACACACUCCUCAAAUCACCGGAAAACUUCAGGUCAAACUGUGGUAUGAUGUCCAAAGUUAUGAGUUGAUAGUCACUGUGAUUAAUGCCAUUGAUCUACCACUGACUGAUGGGGGCAAGUUCCGCAACCCAUACUGCAAGUUGUAUCUGCUUCCUGAUCGAAGACUUCUUCAGAAAAGUGUGUCGAAUCACCAUAAGGGAGUUAACUUUGUAAACUUAGCGAGACAGUCUUCUAUUGGUUGUUACACUCCAGGGGCAGGUUGUUCUGAGCACAAGUUAGCUAACCAUUGUGAGAAGAGCAAAAGAAGAACUAAAACAAUUGCUAACACCAUCGAGCCAACGUGGAAUCAGACGUUUAUUUAUUACGCUGUCAAGGAGUCGGAUAUGAGAGAUAGACUACUCGAGAUAACAGUCUGGGAUUACGACAGAAUAGGAGCCAGCGACUUCCUAGGGGAGGUGUUAAUUGAUCUAACCACUGCCAAUCUAAACGAUGAGCCUUACUGGUAUCAACUUGGUCUCCAUGAUGAUGCCAGCUUACCACUUCCUUCCUCCUCACCUAGAACGAAAGUGUGUCACGAUGCGACCGAUCUGCGGAAAUCCCACCUCACAGCACCUCACAUUUCACGCGGCCUCAGCGACAGUGACAUGUCGGAACUCGACUUCGACGACGGCAUCGGAGUUAUUGCAGUUGUAGGUCGCGAUGAACUCGGCUCUCGCAGGCGACACAUACCCGGUGAACAGCUGGAAUUACCAGAGCAUGUACAGAAAAGGUCAAGGUCUCCAUCAAGGGAGGUCGGUGGAAGAUCGCGAUCAAGAUCACCCAGCCAUCACAGAGUCCCUGAAGGUUCACGAUCACUAUCACCGCCAGAUCUAAGGACACAAGCUGUAGGGGGUGUUCGGAGCGUGCACGCCAGAUCUGCCGGCGGAACCCCCCAGUCCACACCUUCCCCGAAGAAGAGACAGCUACCAGCAAUACCUCUUGAGGCUCAGAUGGCCAGCAGAGAUCGAGUAACUCAAGAUCUAGAAGAACGAGCUCGCCUGAUGAAGAUGAAGAUGAAGAUGGGUGGAAGUCCUAGCAGACACGGGUCAAACUAUCCACAGUCCGACAGCGAGGCAUAUUAUUCUAGACAUGACAAGUACUUAGAUAGGUCAAAAGAACGUGGCAAGUCAAGAGAGCGGGGCGUGUCAAUGGAUCGUAACCGACGGGAACAUGGUCGAGACAGGAUGGACCGUGGCUAUGACAGGGGCAGAGACCCUGAAAGAGGAAACAGAAGUAGGAGAAAAGAAUUCAGUCCAGAUGUGUCUGAUGACGUGGCCAGUGAUGUUUCUGAAACGAGUGACAUGUCGGAGGUGUCAAAGGUCAGCACGAUUAGUGUGAGGUCAACGCAGUCAGAGCGACCUCAUCGCAGACUGAGCGAGUUCACCCAGAAGAUGGAGAGUAAGACAACGAUCCCUCGGUCGCGGCCGGUGGUCCGCAGCACCAACAAUGACACGCCCAGCUACGACAAGAAUGAUGGCAGCAUGUCCGACUCUGCCGUGUCGUCAAGCCUAACUGAGGGACGUAAACGCCGGCCGAGUCUCAGUCACAAAAUGGCCUCGUUUGUCGGUCUCAACCGGAGAAGUAGCAGUGCCACACAGUUAGCAGAGAAGAAGAAGAAUGCUUUCCAGCGGAGUGAGGAAGUUGGGCCGGUAGAUCUCCGGGGUGGAAUGUCCAAACAGGCCAGCAAGGACUCGACUGACGGCAGCGUGGGCAGUAUUAGUAGUGACUCCUCCAGUGUACAAUGGCUUCCCACGGGUGUGCGGCUCGGUCCAGAGGGACAGUUUGGGGACUUUGUUGAGGGACUCGGUCCGUCCCAACUCGUAGGUCGCCAGGUCCUUGGGUCCGCGUGUCUCGGGGAAAUCCAACUCGGCCUCUAUGACAGGAAGGGUCACCUCGAGGUUGAGGUUAUUCGAGCAAGAGGGUUGUUGUCUAAACCUGGAGCUAGAGUUCUUCCAGCACCGUAUGUGAAGGUUUACCUGAUAGAGAACAAGACGUGUGUGGAGAAACAGAAGACGACGACGGCGAGAAGAACGCUCGACCCGCUCUACCAGCAGCAACUCGUCUUCAACGAGUCUUACCACGGCAGAAUACUGCAGGUUACUGUGUGGGGUGAUUAUGGACGAAUGGACAAAAAAGUGUUUAUGGGUGUAGCCCAAAUUCUACUGGCUGAUUUAGAUUUAAGCAACAUUGUGAUUGGCUGGUACAAACUGUUUACAACUUCCUCAUUGGUUGGACACCAUUCCUCUUCCUCUGGUCUUGCUCAAUCGUCACGGGGUUCGACAUCUUCUCUUGAAAUACUAGGGUCAAGGUCAUAGUAGUUGGAAUCGCUCAGCCUCGGCUGAUAAUAUAGUCACAGUCUCCGGGCACCAGUCGUCUCAAGCACAGGGCUCGAAAAACAAUGGCUGCUUUACCACCUGAUUUGUGCUUCAUGGAGGAGAAGGAGAAGAAUGUGCAUGAUCUGUUUUUCAAGCUGUAUUUGUUUGGCGCAGUGUUUUCCAAUGUUUCUCAACGUUAUUUCUUCCUUGAACUGACAAUUUUUUGUCCCAUGCAUUUUUUAUUAAAAAUAAAAGACUUAUUGAUGUAACAGAAAAAAACAAUUUCAGCAUCAUUUUCAGUAUAUAUGCCAUCAUGUGAGUCUUCACUUUAAAAGAGUUGGCCUAGAUUAUUAUUAUUAUUUUUUUUUUUUAAACAAUAUUUAUUCAGAUAAAUGAAGUGGAUCGGCAGACAGGCAGUAGGCUUGUAUAAAUGCCUCUCCAUAGACAUUUAAUACAGAUAUCACACGAGAAGGUUUUAGCGUUAUUUGAAACCUUCUUAUUUCAUUAUUUUAAUGGCAUUGUUGAAUAUUUCCAAGCAAUCCUGACAUGACUGAGAUUACUAUAAACAUGUUAUAGUUAUCAGAACUACAUGUGAAGAGUUUAGGUGCAAAACGCAAUAUAUCCAUUUGUAAUUUUCAGUAAAAGUGAUUUCUUAAAUUGGCAUAUAUCGCGUUUUGAUAAUAAUAAAAAAAACGGGAUUUACCCAAUACAAUUUCAUACGGAUCAAUCACGUUUUGCAGCAAAACAGCGUGCCUACGAUUAGCCCUUACUGACAUACAAUAAUGGCUUUAAUUAAAAACUAGAAAGAAAAUGGUUUAUAUCGCGUUUUGCACCUGAACUCUUCAUGUAUUUCUUGGCACUUUUAACAGAACAAAGUACUUUGCUUGCAGUAUGACUGAUGUGAUAAUAUUUUUAGUCUUUUUCGAAUGGUACAUUAUGGUUAUGCUAUUCAUAAUUGUAGAGUUUAUUUACUUAAUUUGUUUCUUAUGAGAAAUGUGAUUAUAAAAAAUGUAUCACAUAAGCAAUUACUAAUGGAAUGGAUUUUUUUCAACUAUUCCUUCUUCAUUACGUUAACUGUAGCAAGCAAGUAUAUAGGCCCAGAGAGAGUGAUUUGUAAUAUGUCUUCUUUCUUCCUUUUUUAAAACUUUAUACAAAUUCUCAUAUGUAUCAAAACGAUUUCAGCUGCCGUUGAAAGGUCUUUUAAUUGAUGAUUAACUGUAAAUAUUUAUUGUAACCCUUGGAUGAUGAUAAUUAAGCUGUCGUGUGGUAGAACAUUCUGUAAGGCUCACAUUCCAUUAACGUGAUUCUGUUUGUGAUUAUCAUUCACAUUUCCACAUGUGCUUUUCAAUAUCUGCAUUUUCGCAAGCGGAUUUCUAUACAAAAUUUAACUUUGUCAAAAUAUACUUUUAAUAUUGAAUGCGUUUUCAAUAUUCGUGUUUUCGCAAGCUGAUUUCUAUACAAAAUUUAACUUUGUCAAAAUAUACUUUUAAUAUUGAAUGCGUUUUCAAGAUCCGUGUUUUCGCAAGCUGAUUUCUAUGCAAAAUUUAACAUUGUCAAAAUAUACUUUUAAUAUUGAAUGCGUUUUCAAUAUUCGUG